UUCCUUUCGCAGUUGCGGUCGACAUUCGAGCUCUCCUGGCCCGUUGUUCUUACCUUGCUGCUGCAACUUUUGUUGCAGUUGGUGAGCACUAUUUUUGUUGGCCAAUUCAACGAAACGGCUGCCCUUGACGCCGCCGGUCUCGGUGCCAGCAUUCUCAAUAUCUUUGGCCUUUCCAUCAGUCAAGGUCUUGCUUCUGCCGUGGACACCCUCGCUCCUCAAGCGCUCGGAGGCGGGCAGAAUCAAUUGGUCGGCCUCAUCAUGAUCCGAGCCCUUAUCAUCGUGGGACUUGUCUGCUUUCCAGCCUGGACCAUCUUUCUCAAUGGCGAAAACGUUCUUUUGGCACUGCACCAAGAUCCAAAGGUGGCGCAGCUUACUGCUCAGUAUUUGCGAGCCGGUAUUUUCUUCAUGCCAGCUGCUAUCCUCAAUGUGCUCAUCCAGAAAUAUCUUCAGACGUUGGAGAUUGUCAAACCGCUUUUUGUCAUUGGAAUUGUGCUCAACAUCCUCAACCUACCAAUUUGCUGGACCCUGAUUGGCGGGCUCCGAUUAGGGGCCUUUGGUGCCGCUCUUGCUCAGGCAAUCACAGCUUGGAUAGGUGUGUUCAUCUCGCUUGCCUACAUCAACAAGACACGACUUUAUAAAGGCACCUGGACAGGCUGGACGGCGGGUGCUUUCUUGGACUGGUCUCCUUUUCUGAAGCUUGCCAUUCCAGGCAUGCUGAUGAUGUGCAUCGAAUGGUGGUCUUUCGAGAUCAUUCAAGUCAUCGCUGGAACGAUGGGGGAAGUGUUUCUGGCCACACAACUGAUCACAUUGCAGCUGGCCGGAUUCCUCUUUGUGGUUCCUUUGGGCAUUGGCGUGGCGGCCAGCGUUCAGGUCGGCAAUGCUCUUGGUGGCAACAAGCCGCAAGCAGCCAAACGAGCAGCUUGGUCCUGUGCAGGGUUUAUCCUGCUGACAUCCUCUAUGCUGUCAAUCACCCUCUUUCUGACUCGGCAAUUGAUACCGAGGGCGUUCACGUCGGAUGCGGAAGUCAUUGAUGCCGUGGCCGGUGUGAUUGAGAUUCUGGUCGCGUUCAUUUUUGCUGAUCACACGCAAGGCACACUGUCAGGCAUUUUGCGUGGCUGUGGCCUUCAAUACUUUGGUGCCAUCGUGAACGCAGUCGGAUACUACUGCAUUAGUUUUCCUUCGAUCUAUCUGUUUGUUUAUCGAGGGCACAUGGGUGUGCGUGGCUUAUGGAUGGCCAUGUUUCUUGGAGUUGCCUUUCAAACUAUUGCCAUGCUAGUGCGCGUGUCGACCUUGAACUGGGAAGAACAGGCGCAGAUGGCGCAAGAACGCGCAAAGAUC